AUGGGUAAACAACCUGCUGCUGGUCAAAAGAAGACAAAGGAAGCUAUUGCUAAGGCCGCUCAAGCCAAGAAGGGUGGUAAGAAGAAAUGGACCAAGGGUAAGGCUAAAGAUAAAGUUAACCACGCUGUCUUCAUUGAAAAGAAGAACGUCGAAAGUAUCAUUAACAACCCCUCCAAGGUCGGUAAGGUCUUAACCGUCUCUACCGUCGUCGAAAAGCUAAAAGUUAAUGGUUCUCUCGCUAGACAAUUAAUGAGAACUAUGGCUGAUAGAAAGCUCGUCGAAAAGGUCGCUAAGAACGGUAACCAAUGGGUCUACUCCGUUAUUGGUGGUGUUAAGGAAGAUAAGACUGCUGCUCCCGCUGCUGCUGGUGGUAAGAAGCAACAACAAUCUAAAAAGGGUGCUGCUGCCGAUAAGGAAGAAGUCUAAGCUUGA